GCGGCGCCCCCUAGCUCCCGCCGCGUGUACUGGCCGGGCUGAUUAGCCCUAUCUUCCCCUCAUCUUGCAGCAGCACAGGCAGUCAGUGCCUGGUAGCGAUUUAGACGAGGGCGUAUGGACCUGAGGCAGCAGUGAAUGCAUUUCCCAUAGACUGUGGUCGUACUUUUCUCCUCUCGUACGGAUUACCACUGAGUUCACAUAUCGCCUAAACGCCGUAUCGUAUUUUUUCCCGCUGCAUUUCUCCAUCUGAAGGCCUGUCACAGAGUAAAGUGGCUCGGUGUGCGUGUGUUUAGACAGCGGAGCGAGAGCAGCAGUGUGUCCCCGAUGGCUGGCUGGAAGGACGGCUCAGUGCAGGAGAAAUAUCGCCUGGUGGUCGUCGGAGGUGGAGGCGUUGGAAAAUCAGCAUUAACCAUCCAGUUUAUCCAGGAAACUGGUGUCAGACAGGCUGGUUAACAUCACAUCUAAUGAUCUAAAAUGAAUUCAGUCAUACUUCGUCACUGACUAUGAUCCUACGAUUGAAGACUCCUACACAAAGCAGUGUGUGAUUGACGAGAGGCCUGCGCGGCUGGACAUCCUGGAUACAGCAGGACAGGAAGAGUUUGGAGCCAUGAGAGAACAAUACAUGAGGACAGGGGAGGGCUUCCUUCUCGUCUUCUCUGUCACUGACCGGGGAAGCUUUGAAGAGAUCUACAAGUUCCAGCGACAGAUCUUGAGAGUGAAGGACCGGGAUGAAUUUCCCAUGAUUCUAGUGGGUAACAAAGCUGAUCUUGAGCAACAGAGACAAGUGACCCAGGAGGAGGGUCAGCAGCUUGCCCGACAACUCAAAGUCACGUACAUGGAGGCCUCAGCUAAGAUCCGUAUGAAUGUAGACCAGGCUUUCCACGAGCUGGUCCGAGUCAUAAGGAAGUUCCAGGAGCAAGAGUGCCCACCCUCGCCAGAACCCACGCGCAAAGAGAAGGAUAAGAGCGGCUGCCAUUGUGUGAUUGUCUAAUUGGCCUUUCACUGCCGCCACUCACCCAGCUGCUGUCACCGGUCCCUGCCCCCCACCCUGCCUUCUGACAUCACGUCCUGUGCGGAUGAAUUCGCUGCCUUUCUACAUGUGCAUGUCUUCAAAACAGCAGUCUCUCUCAUAGCCUUAUCAGGGGCAUUUGCGCCUCUAGGACUUCACUACUAGAAGAACCAAACUGACAAAAUCUUGAUCGAACUCACCAUUCUACCUUCAACUAGAGUACUGACAUCAGUGUGACCUAGAAUAUGGUAAUCGUGCCCCAACACUAAACAUCGCUUCUUACAAAUUUGCUAUAAAACACACACACACAAUUCCUUUUUUUGUAUUUUGAAGGAUUUUUUUCUCUUGCCUUGUGACAUUUGUACGUUUGCUGAGAUGGAAAGACUAAACGAAACACCAUUGAGAUUGCAGACGACUUUUAGUCACGAGAUCUAGAUUGAGAUGAUGUUCUGAAGCUUUGUGUGUGUGUCGUGCCAUAUCUGUUUUUACUUCCAUAUGCUAAGCAGCGAUUGUACAGAAGUGAAGAUUCGUUUGAGUUGAGACCACCUUUAUAAUGACAAAACUCAGUCGCAGAGUACCGUGUGUGAGGUUGACGAGCUUGUUUUGACAUGCAUUAAAACAAUAAUGUACUCGCAGAUAUGUACAUAGAUAGCCUCUAACAUUAUGCCAAUUUUGUCAGCAGUGAAGUCAGUUUCCCAACUUAUUAUUUGGUCAAGAUGUCUUUUUUGUUUGCAUCGUAAGGCUUCUUGGCAUGUAUGGGUUUGAUUCUUUUAAAGAGACAGUUCACCUAAAAAUGAAAAAUCAUUCACUUAGCUUCAUUUGUUCCAAACCUAAAGUUUUUGUCUGCGGAACACAAUUUUUUUGUCCAUACAAUGAACAGGGAUGUAAUUUCCUUUUUUUUUUUUUUUUCUUCUUUUCAUAUUUAUACUGAUUUUCAUAUUUUAUGACCUGCUUUCGGACCCACUUGAAUUAUGUGUAUGCGAGAAAAAAAAUUGCUGCGUUUGUCAACAAAAGAAAAGUUGUUAUUAUUAUUAUUAUUAUUAUUAUUAUUAUUACAGUCAUAUUGAAUAGGGGAAUUUUUUUUUCUUUGAUCAAAUACCAGAAUGAAAGUCACUCUGGUCUGUUGUUGUUUUAGGCCCCAUUGCUUUUCAUUAUUUGGACAAAACAUAUGUGACCCUGGACCACAAAACCAGUCUUAAGUCGCUGGGGUAUAUUUGUACCAAUAGCCAAAAAUACAUUGUAUGGGUCAAAAUUAUCCAUUUUUCUUUUAUGCCAAAAAUCAUUAGGAUAUUAAGUAAAGAUCAUGUUCCAUGAAGAUAUUUUGUAAACUUCUUACUGUAAAUUUAUCAAAACUUAAUUUUUGAUUAGUAAUAUGCAUUGCUAAGAACUUCAUUUGGACAACUUUAAAUGCGAUUUUCUCAAUAUUUAGAUUUUUUUGCACCCUCAGAUUCCAGAUUUUCAAAUGGUUGUAUCUCGGCCAAAUAUUGUCCGAUCCUAACAAACCAUACAUCAAUGGAAAGCUUAUUUAUUCAGCUUUCAGAUAAUUUCGUAAAAUUGACACUUAAGACUGGUUUUGUGGUCCAGGGUCACAUAUUUCAAAAUUUCUCCUUUUGUGUUUCACAGAAGAAAGUAUGUCGUGCAGGUUUGGAAGGAUGACAGAAUGUUCAUCUUUGGUUGAACUUUCCCUUUCCGUUCUGUGAUUGCGUAAUGUAUUCUACAUGUAGCCAGGUCGUUCAAGCCGCCUUGACUCUCAGCUCAGAUUUCUACAGACUAUCUUCAGACUCAGGUUUCUCCAUUUACAGUGUUUUCACAAUGUUCUGACGAUGUCUGCUCAUUCAGUAGUGCACAAUAGGCUGUCUGUUCUCUACUAGGUACCCCACCGAGAUCGAUGACACAGAGAAUUAGUCUCUCAAAUAAUUGUCUCUUUUUCUGGCCUUGUAUUUCAAUUCACUUCUACACUCAUUUCGUUUUUUUAUCGGUUUGGAAACGUAUUUAAGUGACUGAAACAGCGUGAGGACUCCGUUGAACUGCUGACAUCACAGGCAUCUUUUAAGCAUCUCUUCAUGUAUAUGAUCAGAUAAAAUCAAGUUUUAGUUUUUAGAUUAUACAAAAGACUGAAUUCGUACACCAGACAUCCACAUUCCCUCAAGAAGUUUUUUUUGUUUUUGUUUUUUAAAUAUGGUUUGACGUCUCUGUGCCAUUCACACUUCAAUCUGGUAUUUCUCAUCUGACAGGUGAUAAUUUGCUUCCUGGCUUCAUACACCAAGGGUUCAUAUCACUAUCACAUCAUGUCACGUUUUAUUUUCGUCUUCCUUUUUUUCCAGCGUGCAUUUCUGUAUGAGGGAUACAAAUAAACAAUUUUAGUUUUUGUGUUUUAUCAUCAUGUAAUAUAAGAAAAAAGAUGGAAGUGAUCUUUUGAAUGGACAUGAUUAAAUGUUUUUACUAUAUACUUUUAUACAUUAUUUUCUUAUCAGACUAGUUAAUGAGUAUUUUUAUAUGUUUGUAAGUGAAAACGCUCUCGCGGCACAACUAUGUGUAUAUGUAAAGAGGAGUAUUUAAUUAUCUCGGUUUGUUUUUAACUGAAAAAGGCCAAUGUAUGUUGAACUGUGGUCCUUUCGGUGGAGUGAAGCCGAUAACCCAUUCUAACAGUCGUCCACCUCAUAGCCUAUAACAACUUUAUCAGUGAUCACUGGGCCAGUGCUUCGAGCCAAUGCCCUUUUGUGAUGACUCAGGUUCAUAUCCUAACCUAAACCUCGUCCGUUACACCAGUUAAUAGCAACAUGGAUCAAAUAGAAAGCUAGUAAGAACAGAAGUGCAUGGCUCUUCUUCUUCCCAGAGUCUGUGUACAUCUAAUACAUGCUGUUUUAUUUGUCACAUCUUUCCCUCCCCCUGUAUAGCCUCUGGUGCUAUAAUAAAAUCUAUGAUUUAUCUGA